AUGCAACAAGUGAAAGAUAGCCUUGUCGGAUUAAUAGCUGGGAUUAAUGGUGGAGUCGCCACUGUUUAUGUUGGACAACCGCUUGAUACCAUUAAGGUCAAGAUGCAAACAUUCCCAGAAGUUUACCCAUCAGCGUGGAAAUGCCUUAGAGUUACACUAGCCAAGGAUGGAAUUGCCCGUGGUAUUUAUGCAGGAACUGUCCCUUCAUUAGUAGCCAAUGUCGCUGAGAAUGCAGUAUUGUUUUGUGCUCUCCCGCCCUCACAACACGUUGUCGCGAAAGUCUGCGGCACUGAUCAUAAAAAUCUCUCUGUUACUCAGCAUGCUUUUGCAGGGAGCUUAGCUGCUUUCUGGUCAAGUUUAACGCUGUGUCCAACUGAACUAGUGAAGUGCAAAGUACAGUCGUUAAGAGAAAUGGCUGAGCUUGGACAUUUGAAAAGUGAUACAAAACACACUGGUCCGUGGGCAGUGACAAAGUCAAUAUAUAGAGAGAAAGGACUCAGAGGAUUUACAUGCGGUUUAAGUGCAACAUUUGCUCGGGAAAUGCCAGGUUAUUUCUUUUUCUUCGGUGGAUACGAAGCAUCUCGAACAUUACUGACUCCAGUCAACGGGCGUAAAGAAGACCUAGGCCCAGUCAAAACUGUGAUUUCAGGUGGAAUUGGUGGAGUCUCGUUAUGGAUGGCGAUAUUUCCAUUUGACGUUGUAAAAUCUCGCAUGCAAAUUGGACACCAUGCGACUACUUCAAAUAUCAAUGGGAAUCAAUCUAAGAAUCAAAACUUUUUAUCAGUUCUGUUAGACAUCAAGAAAAAUGAAGGAUUUUUCGCACUUUAUCGUGGCCUUGGUCCAACAAUUCUGCGGACGUUUCCAGCAACUGGGGCUUUAUUCUUAGCCGUAGAAUGGACUCGCAAAUGUGGAAAUUGGUUAUUGAACUGA